GGACCGAUGGCCACUUCAGUAGAGGAAGCCGAUGUCGGCAUCACUGAGUUUGUAUCGCAGCAUGGAAGCUUUAGCGGCAUCCUUAAGCAUAGGUUCCGCGACUUCCAGGUGCGGGAGGUUGACCCGCAGGGUCAUGUGGCGCGAUUGACAACUCUGGAGCCCCCGGUCAAGGAUGGCAGCAGCGGCCCCAAUGUACCCCGGCAGCCCUUCCAGCCCGCCCGCCUGCCAGCUGAACGAGCCCAGCUUGUGGCCGCAUUCGCAGCUCUGGCGGGACAGGAAAACGGUGCCGUACUGGACGAGCUGCUUGGCCGGGUAAUUGAGAUGUACGGCAACAGCAGUACGGGUACGGCAGCAGUAGCAGAAGCGGCGGUAGCAGUGCCUGAGGCCCCAGCAGCUGGAGCUACUGCUGCUACUGCUGUUGCUGAGACAGGGGCAGCGGCGAACGCGGCAGUUGGAGAGCCCGCGG